CAGUGGUCUUUAAAAAGAGCUAAUAUAAAUGCUUUCUCCACAGUUGGUGGUUUCCCUGAAUAGUGUGGAGCUGGGAAGGGGGAGCAUCCUACUUACCAUCGUCCUUGUUUCCUUUGCAGGGAUGGAAACUUCCCUAGAAAUGGAGGCUUCCUUGGGAUUGCAACCUCCAAGUCAGACAUUUUGUCUGCCACAGCCUCCGGAAUUCCUGUACAUCUGCAAAAACAGAAAAAGCCAAAUAAUUGAGAAAAACUCACAAACUGAACUUGGGGACAUUUCCACAAUAACUCCAGUCCAGAGUUCUACUGAUUUCUUGGCAUUGCCUCCGAUUAUUUAAAGCCAGGAACAAACAGAGAUUAAGAAUUUGUGUGAGAUUAACACCAUGCUCUCAGAACCACUGGAUGGCUACCAGAUUGCCAUGGAGAACCAGGAUCCUCCACUACUCCCUUUAGACAUCCCUGAAAUCCACCAGCUUCUGGCCUCCAUUGGUCCUCUGGACCAAGAGGAGAAGCCACAUUCUGAAAAUAUCCUUCUAGAAAGGAAUAUGCUGAGUCUUGAGGACCAAGGCACACUUGAAAAUGCAAAUCAAUUUAGCAGUUGUUUGGGAGACCUCACUGCAUUGCUGGGGGAUAUUCACCUUCCUGAGCUUUUCGAUUCCUUGAAAGACCUUUACCAACCUGAAAGUCCCACAGUAACAAAAUCCAAUGACACCAGAGCCAUCAUGGUGAAUCAGGGGCAGGAAAUCACAAGUGCCUUAAACGGUCCUAGUGAUCCAGUGAGGAAGAACAAACAUAAAGCCUCAGAGUCUCCUCAUGGAACUCCUCAGGCCAAAAUGCAGCUAAGGGACCUAGAGUGUGCAUUAGGAGGAGAAGUUGCUCACAGGGAUGCAGACAGCAAUAGGGCCAAUGUGCACACGGCCAAGCACUCUAACAGCAAAGCUCAGAAAGCUGCAUCCAGCAGGAACAGCAAGGCUAAGGGCCAUGGGCAGGAAAAGACCAAGAGAACCAGAGAAAACAACUCCAAGAAAGCCGAGGAGAAGAAGCAGCCAGGCAACAAAGUUCGAGCAGAAGAGAAGCCAACUGUGCCCAAACUAAAGCGGAAGAGGAACCAACCUGAGCUUUGCCAAGAGUCCUUUAAAAAGCCUUGGAGCUGUCUCGGCAUGCACAUGUUGGAGUCGGUGCAGGUUUUCCACGCACUGGGGAAGAAGAAUAAUAAGAAAACUGGGCUCUCUUCCUCCCGGGCCCUGGGAAACUCAGGCAGUACCCAAGACCCCCGUGCAUGCCCAGCUAUGAAACCAUGGCUGGUGGUUAAGGGUCCUGAGAAAUCACAAGUCAAAGCCCAGAAUCCAGAUAUCGGUGCUGAAGGAGAGGGUCCCUCUCCAUCCAUUUAUGAGCCUCCACCACCUGGGAAAGUAAAAUUGGUACCUUUGCCUUUUCUGACCCAAGAGAAACCUCCACCUCCACCAGCAAUCAAUAGGAGGCCACAGUCUCUGGCCUCACGGAGACCCACUGGGUCUUACCCUGCCCAGCCUGGCCCUGCUAGCUCAGCUCAACCCAUGGCAGUCAACACAUCC